AUGGUCGUCGUCCUCUUCGUCCCCUUCAUCCUCAUACGAGGCCUCAUACAAGUCCUCGAGGGGGCCACCCUCUUGGUGCCCACUUUCGCGGUCAAAAUGGUCAUCGAAUUCGUUCCCCAUUUCAUCGAAUUCGAGAUCAUCUUCACUAGGCUCAUCUGGCAAACUGGGCCGAUUUGCCAGAUAUCGAAGGCAACGAAGGAGGUGAUUUUUGUCACUAUCUUCGAAAUCAGCCAAGAGCACCACUGCGGUGACCGGGAGGUACCACCUGCGCAUCCAACCCCCUUCGCGGUCCAAUCAUGGAAAUCGAUCUCCUAUUACCGAAUCUCUGGACUAAAAAUCGGCAGCAUCGACGCUUAUGAGAACGCGUUGAGACUCUUGGAGACGCGAAGGCGGAAGGCCCGACCGACGACACCUGCGCCGACAACGGCCCAAGACUCGCCGACUCCAAGUGGUGCCCCAACAGUCAAGGGCAUUCCCAGCUUGGUGGGAAUGAAAGAAUGGCUGCAGACAUUGGGUCACUCAGAAAAUGACGUUGACCAGCUCAAUAUCAUUCAUGUUACCGGGACCAAAGGAAAAGGCAGUACUUGCGCUUUCACCAGGUCCUUUCUCCAUGCCCACGGUCUGAGAACCGGGUUUCCCAAGCGAAUCGGGUUAUACACCUCUCCUGAUUUACAAUGCAUCCGGGAGAGAAUCCAGAUCGAUAAUCGACCAAUCACGGAAGACCUUUUCACUCAAUACUUCUUCGAGGUGUGGGAGACCCUUGCCUCUCCCAAGCAGCCAGAGUAUACAAGACAACCUCGCUAUCUCCAGCUUCUGCUAUUACUGGCUUUCCACACUUUCAUCAAAGAAGGUGUCGAUGCAGCAAUUAUCGAAACGCACCAUGGUGGAGAAUACUGCGCUACAAAUGUGGUGCGGAAGCCCAUCGUGACUGGUAUCACCUCUCUUGGGCUUGAUCAUGUCGCACAACUAGGCCCUACAGUCGAGGACAUUGCCUGGCAUAAGUCAGGUAUCUUCAAACCAGGAGCAGCUGCAUUCUCUGUCGUACAAGACCCUGGUCCUGCCGAAGUACUACAAAAACGUGCCGCCGAAAAAAACACCACCCUGACUUUCGUCUCGUCUUCGGACACAUUACCUGCCAAUAACAGAGUGCUUAGCGUUCCCGUACAACGCUUAAACUGCUCCUUGGCCCUCGAGUUAGCCUCGACCUUUUUGCAGGCCAAUGAUCCUGAACAAGUACUUAGCUCGGACGAUAUAGCCAAAGGUAUCGAUAACUUCUCGUGGCUCGGCAGGUUCGAGACUAUUAAGAGUGGAAAUUCACAGUGGUACCUGGAUGGCGCACAUAACCCACUUAGUCUCGAGCAAGCAGCAAAGUGGUUCGCAAACAAUGUCAACACCACCGAGUCACCAAAACACCGUGUCCUCAUCUUCAGCCACUUUUCUGAAGAACGUGAUGGAGUAGAUCUUCUGACAUCUCUGGCACAUGCUCUGUCCAAGAACAAUGCUGUGCCCGAUCAUGUCAUAUUCACAACCUAUCAAGAGAGGGAAGAUGGAUCCACAAGAAUCGUCUUCCUGCCAGACAAAACCCUCAAGGUUCCAGAGACUCCUUUCCCCGACCUCUGCUCGACCUAUUCCUCCCUUUGGAAGGAAUUCCACACCUAA